CUCAAGAAAAAUAUUUUUUAAUCAAAACUUUUGUUUAUUUCACUUUUCAAACAUCUAUGAUAUGUAUAUUUCAGUCAUUGAAAGCAAUAAGUAAUUAGUUUUUUGGUUUUUCAUAAUACGUGUGGAGAGAGAAAAAGUAUCGCAAAUAUUGUAACUUUUCUAUCAAUUGGUGAACUAAUUCACGACAACUCGAGUUCUGAGUCGCGACUAAAGAAAAACUCGUAUUCAUUGCUUCACUUUUAACCUAAUAUUUGCUGCCAAACCGUCGACUCGUUUUCGCUCUCUUUCACUGAAAGCCAUGAAUUCGAGCGAUAAGUCUAUUAAACAGUCAAAUUCAUCGCUAAAUGAAGACUUUUGGGCAGAACUGGACGCCAUCAGCGAGACUGACAUCGAUGUCUCCCAUCCCUACCGCGAAUUGGAUGACGAGAACUCUUCAAACAAGUCAUUAGAAGUGAUAGGGUAUGACAUUAACUCUAACAGUAGUCGUAGUGGUGUUCAUAUGAAGUGA